AUGUUUAAUAAAUUAAAGAAUUCAUUUCCAUUUAGGUCUGGUCCUAAUUUCUUAAUAUGUUUCCUAGGAUUCUCAGGUGUGGGUUAUUUUGGUACAAGCUAUUUGCAUAAACAGAAAUAUGAUCAUCCAAUAGUCUAAGAAGCCUUAAGGAUAUUGUAACAUAAUGAUUAAAUAAUCUAAUUGGCAGGAUAUCCAUUAUCACUGUAGAUAAAUAUGGGUAGCAAUGCAACACAAAAUAACGAUGUGUGUUAAUUUUCUUUUCAGGUUGUUGGUCCUAAGGGUGCAGCAAAAGUGGAGUUAAUGGGAUAAUCAAGAGAAUUGCAAGAGAUACAAAAUAAGACUUAAUAUUACAUACCAUCCUCAAAACAAAUGACUGAUGUGAUGAAAUAUAAUAAAGAUGUUGAAGCAUUAUAAAAUUGGAAAUUAACACCAGAGGUGAGGUUAUGGAAGAUUGAUCAUCUAGUUGCUGACAUUGGAUUAUAAGGAGACUUUAGAAUAGUGUUGGUUGAUUCAAAUUAAGUGUUGAAAAAGGAAGUGGCUUAAGCAAUGACUCCUCCUCUGGUUACCGAUCGUAGAACACUCUAUGAUCUAAAGUUAGAAAUAGAUGCUCGCAAACCUAAGGUGCCAACUACUGAAUAAGAAAUAGAAGAGGCAAGAAGAUAUAGACAAUAAGAGUUGUAUAGAAAAGUUGGUGGUGUUAGAAAUAUCACUAUUAUUAGUACCAUCAUUGGAGCUAUGGCCAUUUACAAUUAUGUGAAGGCAAAUAGACGAAUAAGUGUGUUGAACACUCAAAUUCACAGAUAAUCUAUGAUUAUAAUAUAGAGUAACCCUUAGAUUAAGAAAUUAUUUGGUUAAAACAUCCAAUUCAAUUAGUAGUUGAGAGGGGGACAGAUAAGGGAUUAGGCCGAGUUUGAGACUGAUAUGUAUGGAUAAAAGGCAGGUGUUUGUUAUGUGAAAGGGUAGAAGAACAAAAAAACAAAUGAUUGGGAAAUCGAAACAAUUGAUGUUGCUGUUAAGGAUGCUUAAGGUAUUAUCAAUCAAAAAAUUAGAAUACUUGGUUGAUUUGUGUAUUUCAUAUUAUAUUAAAAUAAAUAAUUAAUAUCAUUA